CCCAUCCCAGCGUGCCCUGCGCAGGGCAUCUAGGAAGCUGGCGUGGCGCAGCGGGAGCGUGUGGAGCUCUGUGGGCGGGACUUCCGGCUCCCAGAAUCGUCUUCCGGCCGUGCUUGAAGGGUCUGGCCGGUCUCCUGACAUGAAGCCCCCUAGAACCAGAGGUUGGUUCCUGCUGUGACGUGCCCACCAUGUGGCCACUUUUUCAUGUCCUCUGGCUUACUCUGGCCUGUGGCUCCGUUCACACCACCCUGUCAAAGUCAGAUGCCAAAAAAGCUGCCUCAAAGAUGCUGCUGGAAAAGACUCAGUUUUCAGACAAACCUGUUCAAGAGCGGGGUCUGGUUGUGACAGACAUCAAAGCUGAGGAUGUGGUUCUUGAACAUCGCAGCUACUGCUCAGCAAAGGCUCGGGAGAGAAACUUUGCUGGAGAGGUCCUAGGCUACGUCACUCCAUGGAACAGCCAUGGCUAUGAUGUUGCCAAGGUCUUUGGGAGCAAGUUCACACAGAUCUCACCAGUCUGGCUGCAGCUGAAGAGACGUGGUCGUGAGAUGUUUGAAGUCACAGGCCUCCAUGAUGUGGACCAAGGGUGGAUGCGAGCUGUCAAGAAGCAUGCCAAAGGUGUUCAUAUAGUACCUCGGCUUCUGUUUGAAGACUGGACUUAUGAUGAUUUCCGGAAUGUCUUAGACAGUGAAGAUGAGAUAGAAGAGCUCAGCAAGACUGUGGUACAGGUGGCAAAGAACCAGCAUUUUGAAGGUUUUGUGGUGGAGGUCUGGAGCCAGUUGCUGAGCCAGAAACAUGUAGGCCUCAUCCACAUGCUUACUCACUUGGCUGAGGCGCUGCACCAGGCCCGGCUGCUGGCCAUUCUGGUCAUCCCACCUGCUGUCACCCCUGGGACUGACCAGCUUGGCAUGUUUACACACAAGGAGUUCGAGCAACUGGCCCCCAUACUUGAUGGCUUCAGCCUCAUGACAUAUGACUACUCUACAGCACAGCAGCCUGGCCCUAAUGCUCCAUUAUCGUGGAUUCGAGCCUGUGUCCAGGUUCUGGACCCCAAAUCACAGUGGCGAAGCAAGAUACUCCUGGGACUAAACUUCUAUGGCAUGGAUUAUGCAGCCUCCAAGGAUGCCCGUGAGCCCGUUAUUGGGGCCAGGUACAUACAGACAUUGAAGGACCACAAGCCUCGAGUGGUGUGGGACAACCAGGCUGCAGAGCACUUCUUUGAAUACAAGAAGAAUCGCGGCGGGAGGCAUGUUGUCUUCUACCCAACUCUGAAGCCCCACCUGGCCUGGAAGAACCCACAGAGACCUGGUGCUGGACAGGCCCCAGAGGUGGAGCUGAUGGCAUGGAGAGCCACAUAGAGGGACCCAACACACUCACGGUGAGCAGUAGGCACUUGUUCUCCUUGAGGGCCCCAAUGCAGCCCACGAAGCCGAUGGCCAUGACGAAGGUACCGGUGACGAUGAGUAGAUUAGCAGCCGACAAGGAUGGGAAUGAAGAUGAUAGGGUGGCAAAGUUUCCCUGUGUGGCAGCCAACCAGAUGCCAACACCAAGGACGCCACAGCCACCCAGCUAGGACCACAGCAAUGGGGAGAGAGAGAGAGAGAGAGAGAGAGAGAGGUUGAGGUGACUGCAGGGCUCCUGACCCCUAGGGCAAGGCUCCCACCCACAAGCACUCAGGCCAACAUUGUCAGCCUGGGAACUACCAAAGACAGCUUAAUUCCUAUGGCAGAGUACCACUCCUCAAGUCCUUUCCCUCCUCCCUUUUGACAGUGGCCAGUGAGACCAUGCUUUUAGAUGCCCUGCAGGAAGCAUCCACCAUCCCAUGUGUGUGGUCAGAAGGGACCAAAUCGCCUCUGGCCCUCUUACCGUGCACCUUCCUUCCCCAUACCCUAGGGGGGCCAUGGCAGUUGAGUGACCCAGACCUACCCAUAAUCCCGAGCAGGGAAAAGCCCUGUCUAGAAACACUUCUGCUCAUAGUCAGGUUACAGUAGCUCCGUGGUACCAACCAGAAGAUCUCAACAGAGCACCUCACUGAGUUUCAUCACUUUUUAUUUUUGUUUGAGACAGGGUUUCUCUGUGUAACCCUAUUUGUACUGGAACUUGCUUUGUAGACCAAGCUGGCCUUGAACUCAGAGAUCCAAUUGCUUCUGCCUCCCAAGUGCUGGGAUUAAAGGUGAAUGCCACCACACCA